ACUCAUUUUUAUUGUUCAUUGCUUGUUGAGUUUUAUUUCCUAAUCUAUAAGCAAGUAUGGCAUCCUGCCAGCAGUAUCUUAGCCCACAUCUGCAGGGACAGAUUGUGAGUGGCUUCUGCAAGCCCUAUCCACAUCUUAACCUGGGUAUCACAAGUAACAAGGAAAAUCUUGUUCCCUCCGAUUGCAAGCUAACGAUUGUUGUCCGUAAUUCCAGUGACCCAACUCAGAAGUGGGUGAUAGUAGAGACAGAGAGUAAUAAUGAUAAUGAUAAAAACGCCUUUGCCUCUGUGAACGCGUCCACUGGGCAUGCCAUUUGUGCUAAGGACAGAAUUAUUACACUAGAGUCCUCUGAAUCGACUGUUGUGGUUGGUUACUGGCACGUUGUCGUGACCGAGUAUAAGGUUGAUAAUGUUGAUAAGAGUGUUCUCUGGACUCUGGGUGAGGAAAUCGGAGAUGGGUUUAAGAACCUAAUUAGUGCAGAUGGCAGAUUCUGGACUUUAGAGUCGGUUGACCAGGGCAUUAAAAUUAUGCUGCGGACCAGCAAUGGCCAGGACCAUCAGCUCGGGAAAUUCCUUCCCUUGAAGGAUUAUCAUAUUAUAUGA